AUGAUAAUACGCUGGAUCAUGGUUACCCGUUGUUUGUUACCUGCCGAGUAUAUACUUUGGCUCAGGCUUCUAGUCUCUAAAGAUGCCUUUAGCCAAUACGGUCUGGCUAGUGAGAUUCGCAAAUCCCACGACCUACGGACGCAUCAGUUCAUUGACGGCUCCACGCAGCAAUCACCUGCAAUCACUGAAGCCAAGCAGCAACAACAACAACAAUUCACUUCUUCUAUCCCACCAUCAAGCUCUCACACUGUUCCCUCUUCAUCUGCUUUUGUCGCUGCUGAGGCGUUUAUCGUUUGGAAGUUCAGAGACGAACUUGCGGCAUAUGUCUCUGAGUUAUAUGGCUUGGACGGGCCGAUCAAGUUCAAGGCAAUAUUACGAUGGUGA